GAUCUGACCCUCAGAAAUGGCGUCUUCUUCAGUGUCUCAGCUGAUAAGCUGGGCGGAGCUUCCACCGGAACUGAUUUCAUCGAUCGUGCUCCGUCUUAACUCGAUAGAGCUAAUGGAGAUAAAGCUCAGAAAGUAUGUAGAUCGUGGCGCUGCGUCUGUAAAGACCCCUCGAUGUGGCGGAAGGUUGACAUGUUACAACAACGGAGACUUGGGAAGCAUUGGUUUCGACCUAGAGAUCAUGUGCCGUCACGCAGUUGAUCGUAGCCAAGGCGGUUUGCUUGAGACCGACAUUUGGUACUUCGGUACUGAUGAGCUACUCAAUUACAUAGCCGACAGGUCAAGUAAUCUGAAAAAGCCCUUAUAAAUGUAGUGCCUGCUUUUAUAUUACUUGCACAUCAAGUAAACUGAGAAGCCUUAGACUCAUAAUCCAAUAGGAGACGAGGGCUUUGUCGAAGCUGUUGCAUAACUGCCAUUGCUCGAAUACCUCGAGGUUACAUAGGGUUCAUUGUCAAGAAAGUCUCUGAAAGUUGCUGGACAGUCUUGUCCAAACCUGAAGAAAUUGAGGCUAAACUCCGACCCUCACCCCAACUCUUGUGACGAUGAGUUUAGUGGCAAAAAAGCUCUAGGGAUUGCGGAAACCAUGCCUGAAUUACGCCACCUCCAGCUUGUUGGGAACACAUUAACCAAUACGGGCUUGAACGUCAUUCUUGAUGGUUGUCCUUACCUGGAACACCUUGAUUUAAGCAAGUGUUUCAACGUAAGACUUGAAGGGGAUCUGGAGAAGAGAUGAUCAAAGAGUUGAGACGCCCGGAUGACUCAACCGCUGAUCACCCAUAUGGAUUUAACAUUGAGGAUUUAUUAGGCCCAAACAACUUUAUUGGGAUGACUCAACGGCUGGUUACCCGUAUGGAACUAGCUUCUAUGAUUUUAUCAGACUCCAACGACUAUUACUGGGAUGAGUUCUACUACUAGAUACAGCACAAUGCAGAGGACAUGUGGUUUUUCACUUGCCUUGUCAACUUAUAGGACUCGUUCGUAUUUCCUCUUUUCUCUCAUCUCGUUAUUUCCUUUAAUUUGUGGAAGCUUGAGCGGUGUGGUGUGCCUUUAACUCUCGUUUGAACAUUGUGAUGAUGCUUUUCUGUACUGGCUCUCUUCUGGUGAAUGCACUUUGUGAAACUUUUGAGUUAAAACAGUCGUCUUGCUAAUCAAGUGUUCUUAACUAAUAGGAUUGAUGGUUAAGAACUUUGGUUGGAUU